AUGAUCAGAUCAAUAAAGAUCGCAACCGAAAUAGCCUACGCCGUCACCCAGGCUGCUAGCAUUACUUUCUUCAUAUACUCCUGUCCUCCUGAUCCUCUAUACAUCUUUCUAUCACCUCCUCUCACUGAUGAGGAAUUAUUAUGGUACCAAGGCUGUCGUCAAGUUUGGGCUAUCUUGUUUUUCUUAUAUAUAUUCGGUAUGACUUUCAUGCCAAUUUUAUUGAGAUACUCGGUCAAGCAAGGCGACAGAAGUGAACACGAAGAUGCCCAAACUACCAAAGUGACCAUAUCGACCAAUUCAACCAAACUUACCAAAGUGGAAAGCGAGACGAACGACACGAAAGAAGCGAGAACCACAAAAAUCGAACAAUCCUCCGAGGAAGUGAGAGAAACAGAUGACACCUCUAAUGUUGACGAACAUGUGAAAACACAAGUGGAACUUGUCAAUGUUAGAACUGCAUUAGAGAAGGAGCAAGAACGAGUAAACCGCAUGGAACAAGUUAUGGAGUCGCUCCAAGCACAAGUCGGUGUCUUACGAGCCGUAUCGAGAGUCAAAGACGCAGAAGCUAGAAACAAACGGAGCAGGGCACAAUCGAUGGAGGAGGAUCGCCAGAUACAAACUGAUAUCUUGGCCACGAGAAUUAUGACCCAAGAAGCAAAAAUGGAGGAGGUUUUGGAGAGAUUAGACGAGCAUGAUAGUAGUAAUGAAAUUUUGAGGGUGUGGAUUGAAAAACUCAAACGCGAAGCGGAAAAGGUACAGAUGAAGGGUGAGAGAAUCGAUGCUAUUGAUGGAGAGAUCAAUAGAAUGUAUGACAUCUUGGAACAGGAAGUCCGUAAAAUGCAGGAAGCGGAAAACAAGAAACUCAAGGAGUUUAGGACACAUAUGAUGGCCUUUGAGGAUUAUUGGACCGAGGAGUUGGAAAAGAUAUAUGAUCGUAGGGGAAGUAGAGAAUCGGAUUUAAAAGAGGAGAUUAGAAGUCAGGUCAGAAAUGAUUUGAGAAAAGAACAGGAGCUGAGGGAGUCUGAUGGGUGGCAAAGGAGAUCGGCCCAAGAAGAGGUUAUCAAGGAUGAUUCGAUGGCAAACCAAGAAGCUGAAGAUGAGAUGGAGGGAGAAGUCCCAAAUACAGUUUCUAGCAUAGAGCACUCCUCGCAAACAGACGCUGAGAACUUGGAGACGAGAGUCAAUCAAGAAGUCGAGGUAGAUAUGGGUGGUGAUAAGAAACAAGAUGCUGAAAUGGAUGAUCUCGAGAAAGGAAAAAAUGGCGGCAUGGAAGAUAUCACGCAUGAACUCGAGGACAAGGCUGAGGUUGAGAGGAAAGAUGGUGCAGUAGAUGAGGAGUGGACUGAGCUUCGAUAUUAG